AUGCCGUCCCCAGACCCUAGGAAAUGGACUUUCGACAUUGAUCGCUUCAUUAAUCCCUUCGUUCCACCGCCGCCAUGGCAGUACCUCCCAUACCCUGUCGCGUACAUCUUCGGAUACCGUCGCGAAAAGCCAGGUAGCAUCGGAACAAUUCUCCCAGUUGUUUGGGCAUUUAUCGGAAUUUUUAUCGCCCUUUCGGUCAUUGAAUUGGCGUCAGAGCGCAUUCCCUCCUUUGUUGAGAGAGGCGCUCCCAUUAUUGUCGCAUCCUUUGGUGCGGGCGCUGUUCUUGAGUUUUACGCUAUCGAAUCUCCCCUCGCGCAACCGCGCAACUUCUUCGGCGGUCAACUAAUCGCUGCUAUUGUCGGCGUCAGCAUCGGCAAGCUCUUCCUUCUCAGCGACAGCUUCAGUUCAAUCCAAUGGCUCGGUGGCGCCAUCUCUUGUGCGACAGUGACAUCCAUUAUGGCUCUCACCAAGACGAUCCACCCACCUGCUGGUGCAACCGGACUCAUUGCUGUGGUCGACAACCGUGUCCUCGAUCUGGGCUGGUUCUUCAUUCCUGUGGUGGCAUUCAACUGCACCAUCAUGUUUGGCGUGGCACUUCUGGUGAAUAACGUACAGCGCGCGUACCCUGUGUACUGGUGGACACCUGAGAAGCUGGGUCGUGAGAGGAUGGAGGGUGAGAGAGAGAAGCCGGCAGAUGUUGAGAAGGGAAAGCAGAGUGAGGCAAGGACGGAUGACGGAAGCGAUUCGGAUAGACACGAGAGACAUGAUGGGAGGGAGAUCAUUAUGAAGCCCGGUGGUGGAUUGGUUUUGCCUAAUAAUCUGUUCCUUAUGCAGGAAGAGGUUCAACUGUUGGAAGAGAUUGCGAACCGACUGUAA